UGAGUGGCGGUCUGCAGGAGGUUUUAGAUGAACAUAAGGUCAGUCUGCGGAGGAGAUUCGAAUGUGUGACUGAAGGAAGUGAUGAAACAGGAAGUGGAACCCUCCUCAACAGGAUCUACACUGAGCUCUACAUCACAGAGGGACAGAGUGAAGAGGUUAAUACCCAACAUGAGGUGAGGCAGCUUGAGAAAGCUUCCAAGAUGGAGACCCUCCGUGAAACUCCAAUCAAGUGCCACGACAUCUUUAAAGCCUUACCUGACCAACAGAGACACAUCAGAGUGGUUCUGACCAACGGUGUCGCUGGUGUUGGGAAAACUUUCUCAGUGCAGAAGUUCACUCUGGACUGGGCAGAGGGCUUGGAAAACCAAGAUGUCAGUCUGGUGAUUAUGCUCUCCUUCAGGGAGUUGAACUUGAUCAAAGAUGAGCAGCACAGUCUUCUCACGCUGCUCCAUGUUUUCCAUCCAACAUUACAGAAGGUCCCAGCAGAGAAGCUCGCUGUCUGUAAACUGUUGUUCAUCUUUGACGGCCUGGAUGAAAGCAGACUUUCAUUGGAUUUCCACAACAAUGAGGUUGUGUCUGAUGUCACACAGAAGUCAUCAGUCAACCUGCUGCUGACAAACCUCAUCAAGGGGAAUCUGCUUCCCUCGGCUCUCGUCUGGAUAACUUCCCGACCUGCAGCAGCCAAUCAGAUCACUCCUUCAUGUGUUGACAGGGUAACAGAAGUACGAGGCUUCACUGACGCCCAGAAGGAGGAGUACUUCAGGAGGAGAGUCAGUGAUGAAGAGCUGUCCAGCAGAAUCAUCUCACACAUCAAGACCUCCAGGAGCCUCCACAUCAUGUGUCUAAUCCCAGUCUUCUGCUGGAUCACUGCUACAGUUCUGGAGCACAUGUUGACUACAGACCAGAGAGGAGAGCUGCCCAAGACCCUGACUGACAUGUACUCACACUUCCUGCUGGUUCAGACAAAGAGGAAGAAGCAGAAGUAUGAUGAGGGACAUGAGACGAGUCCACUGGAGCUGACGGAGGCUGACAGCAAUGUUCUUCUGAAGCUGGGGAGGCUGGCGUUUGAACAUCUGGAGAAAGGAAACAUCAUGUUCUACCAAGAAGACCUGGAGCAGUGUGGUCUUGAUGUCGCAGAGGCCUUGGUGUAUUCAGGUGUUUGUACAGAGAUCUUCAAAAGAGAGAGUGUGAUCUUCCAGAAAACAGUCUACUGCUUUGUUCAUCUGAGCGUUCAGGAGUUUCUGGCUGCAGUCUACAUGUUCCACUGUUACACCAGCAGCAACACAGAGGUACUGGAGGACUUCUUAAAAGACUACAACUACAGGGAUACAAAACCAAAGUCUUUGCUCAAGAAUAUUUUUAAGUAUCUUCGAAACGAAGUUGGCCCAUCCCUGGAUGUCUUUCUGAUGGGAGCCAUGAUGAAAUCCCUUGAAACUAAAAAUGGCCAUCUUGACCUCUUUGUUCGCUUCCUUCAUGGCCUCUCUUUGGAGUCUAACCAAAGACUCUUAGGAGGCCUGCUGGGUCAGACAGACAACAGUCCAGAAAUCAUCCAGAGAGUCAUAAGUAACUUAAAGGUGACGAACAGUGAUAAGAUCUCUCCUAACAGAUGCAUCAACAUCUUCCACUGUCUGAUGGAGAUGAACGACCACUCAGUACAUCAGGAGAUCCAAGAGUUCCUGAAGUCAGAGAACAGAUCAGAGAAGGAACUCUCUGAGAUCCACUGCUCAGCUCUGGCCUACAUACUGCAGAUGUCAGAGGAGGUUCUGGAUGAGUUGGACCUGAUGAAGUACAACACAUCAGACCAGGGACGACAGAGACUGAUUCCAGCUGUGAGGAACUGCAGAAAGGCUAUAUUGAGUUCCUGCAGGUUGUCAGAGAUCAGCUGUGCUUCUGUGGCCUCAGCUCUGAAGUCCAACCCCUCCCAUCUGAGAGAGCUGCAGCUGAGUGGAAACAAGCUACAAGAUUCAGUAGUGAAGCUGUUUUGUGAUUUUCUGGAGAGUCAAGACUGUAGACUGGAGACUCUGAGAUUGCAGGGCUGCAGUUUGUCGGAGAUCAGCUGUGCUUCUCUGGCCUCAUCUCUGAAGUCCAACCCCUCCCAUCUGAGAGAGCUGGAGCUGAGUGAAAACAAGCUGCAGGAUUCAGGAGUGAAGCUGCUGUGUGGAUUUCUGGAGAGUCCACACUGUAGACUGGAGACUCUGAGGUAA